AUGGCUUCCCUGGGGGACGAGGUGCUCGAUGGUUCCAUGUACGCGGCGUGCGCCCCCUACCCGUACCCUUACCUCUGCCCGCCGGCCGCCAAGGGCAAGGGCGCGGCGGGCGGGGGCGGUUGGCGACACCGCGGCUGGGGCUACCCCCCCGCCUUCUCCUCGUCCCCCUCAUCGGCGGGAGCGGCCUCGUCGUCCUUCCCGGGCUACGGGCAGCUGAUGGCCGCCGAGUACUUGGACAGCUAUCAGCGGGCGCAGCUCCUGGCCCUCCUGUCGCAGGUGAGCCCCGGCCUGGGCCCGCCCCCGCGCAGGGCCAGCAGCCGCGACGUGGCCGUGCAGGUGAACCCGCGCCGCGACGCCUCGGUGCAGUGCUCGCUCGGGCGGCGCACGCUGCAGCGCCGGGCCCGCGACCCCGAGCCCCCGGCCCAGCCCGCGGCCUCACCGCAGCCCGCCCGUCGCGGCCCCGAGCAGCUCAGCCCCCCGGGCGGCGCCCCGCGGCCCGUGCGCUUCCCUCGCACCGUCGCCGUGUACUCGCCCGUGGCCGCCCGCCGCCUCACCGCCUUCCUGGAGGGGGCCGAGGUCGCGGCGGGCGAACAGCGGGCCGGGACGCCGGAGGAACAGCGCGGGCCACCUCCCGCGAGGCCCCGAGGUCCCCACGAGGGCGAGGCGGCGGCGGCGAGGAAGGCGUCCCAGCGGCCGCGGCCCGGGGAGGACGACAGCGAGGCUCGGGCCGCCGUGCGCGGGAGCCGGGAGCAGGCCGCCGACGCGUCGGGGCUGCGGCCACGGGAGGCCCGGGGAGGCGAGGGGCCCUCGCGGCCCGCGCCUAGGAGCCCGGAACCGGCCCCGCCGGCGGGGAUGGCCGAGGACGGCGGGGACGGAGCGGAGGCGGCUGCCGCGGGGGAGCGGGCGUCGCCGCGGAGCUCCGAGCCGGACAAGGAGCGUCUGCGCUUCCAGUUCUUAGAGCAGAAGUAUGGCUAUUAUCACUGCAAGGACUGUAACAUCCGAUGGGAGAGUGCUUACGUGUGGUGUGUACAGGGCACUAACAAGGUUUACUUCAAACAGUUUUGCAGAACUUGUCAGAAGUCUUAUAACCCUUACCGAGUGGAGGAUAUCACCUGUCAAAGCUGUAAACAAACAAGAUGUUCCUGCCCAGUAAAACUUCGCCAUGUGGACCCUAAACGACCCCAUCGUCAAGACUUAUGUGGGAGAUGCAAAGGCAAACGGCUGUCCUGUGACAGUACUUUCAGCUUCAAAUACAUCAUUUAA